AUGACUAUCAUGUAUAUAAUAUUGGAAACUGCUUUAACCUCUAAACAAUCUAAAUCUCAAGAAGAUGACUAUCAUGUAUUGGAAACUGAUUUAACCUCUAAACAAUCUAAAUCUCAAGAAGAUGACUAUCAUGGAAUAAAAGCUUUAAAACGUAUGUCUCCAAAAUAUUCGCCGUCUAUAUCCGAUUCGGAUGAAACUGGAGAUCUUUCUGAAAAUAGAAAGUUGCAAAUAGCUUCAUUAAAUAUAAAUGGAUUAAAUAAUAAAUUGGCGGUUCUAUUAAGAUUGUUGGAAACGGAAGGAGUAGAUUUAAUAGGCAUUCAGGAAACUCAUUGCCCAGGAAACAGUAGGGCAAAUUUUAGUGUAUAUAAGAUGUUUUGUUCGGGAACCACUUCAAAUAGUUGGGCAGGAAUCGCCUUUUUGACUAAGAAACGUUUACAUAAACACAUUAUAAAAUUUGUACCUGUGUCGGAGAGAUGCGGACUUCUAUAUCUGAAUACUAAGUUUAGACCCACUAUUGUUGUGAAUUUUUACGCCCCACCUAAUAGGAACAUGAGGAAAAUUUUUUUGGAUGAAAUGAUGAAUAUAUUAAACUCCCUCUCAAAUAGAUAUAAUGUAAUAAUCCUGGGUGAUCUCAAUAUGAAAAUAGGAAAAGAUAGUGAAUAUAUAAGUAGAGGAGUUAUUGGGCAAGCUGCCAUUCAACAAUCUAAUGAUGUAGAAAAUACUUUUUUCUGCCAUCGUGAUAUCAACAAAUAUACCUUUGUGAGGGGCAGACAGAUAUCUCAAAUUGACUUCUUUAUUUCCAAUAUUCAUAGUUGGUUUGAAGAUGUUAAAGCAUCUACCAGGGUUAACAUAUCUGAUCAUAAGAUGGUUAUUGCAGUUAUAAAUAUAAAAACCAUCUGGGGAUAUCACAAUAAUAGCAUUCCUAACUUAAUGGCCGUCAAUGCUACCUCGUCCAAUAUAAUUUUUCCACGAAACUUUAUUAAUGCUACCAGAAAUGGAAACGUUGAAGUUUGCUGGGAACUUUUUAAGAAAGAACUAGCGGAAUCUUAUGAGAGACUGCCAAACGUAAAUCUUGCAACUAGGAAAGAAUGGAUGUCCGAUGAAACUCUUGAGAAGAUAUAUCAACUCAGAAUGACGAACAGCUCUAACAUUGAUCUAUGGAAAGACAUUAAAAGAUUACUACGGAAAGAUAGGAGAAUUUUUAUUGCUAAAAGGGCGGCUGACAUUGACAAAGAUAUGAAAGAGAACAGGAUCUACGAUGCAUAUAGAAAAUUAAAGUACUUCUGCAAACCAGUUGCUUUGUGA